UGGGGUGGUUGGUUCCCUUCCCUGCCCGAGCCCGGCUAUCACGUGACCGCGCAGGCGGGCCUGAGGGUGGACUGGUCUCGUGUGGCGCGUGCGCAGUGGAGGCGGGCGCUGAAAUUCAAAAUCCAAAGAGCGGUUUGGGGUGGUGGUUUAGCCACUCCCGGAGCAGCGCGAGAAGGGACGGAGCGGGGGGCGCCGGGCAGCAGCAGCAAUGGACCCCUUCACCGAGAAACUUCUUGAACGAACCCGUGCCAGGCGAGAGAACUUGCAGAAGAAAAUGGCUGAGCGACCCACAGCAGGAAUGAGGCCCACGAUGCAGACAAAGAGAGCUAGAGAACCUUUGUCAGAAACUAGUAACCGGUCACCUUUGCCCAGUGAAGAAGUGAAACCUAGUACAAAGCCAUCCCCAUCAAAAAGGCUCUGUCCUGACAGCAUGGAGGUUCCCGUUUCUAGUUCAGAGAAUAGACAGCCAGUUAAUUCAACGUCCAUGAAACAUCUUCCUACUGAGAUGGCUGAACAGCCACAAGCAACUGCAAAUAACAGGGCUCCCUCAGUUCAGCCUGUUCCACUGCUUGUUGAGAAGGAAGAGCAGAACUUGAAAUCUGAAGUACCUGUAGCCCUUACAGUCAAAACACGUAUGCAGAAACUGGCACAACAGCGACGUUGCUGGGAUGAUAAUGAUCCAUCUGAAAGUUCUCCCCUACCUCCACUCCUGUCAAAAGAACAGGCUGUUUCCCCACCCAAACAGCCAUCUCUCGCAAGUGAUACCCCAGUUGGGAGAAAAGGCCGUUUAGCUAACCUUGCUGCUACAAUUGGUUCCUGGGAAAAUGAUCUAAGUCAUCCAUCUGCAAAGCAAAACAAUACACAAGAACAGCCUGGCACUACUUGUUUAUCCAAAUUGUCCACUACAAGUGAAGCAUCUGCUCGAAUCAAUAGCGGCAGUGUAAAGCAGGAAGCUGCAUCCUGUUCUCAAAGGGCUGUUGAGGUAUCUGUAAAUAAAUCAGCAACCUCCAAGAUAUUGGGACCAAAUUACUUAGCAAAAUCCUCUAGAGUAACCAGUCCCAGUCCUAAGGAACCUGAGGUACCACAACUAUUAAAAAAGAAGCCCUGCAGCCCCCAGAAAACAGAGGAACUUAAGCCAACAGUAAAACCAAUCUUAUCCCAGCCAGUUCAGUCCAAAGAAGAGCCAAUCAAAAGAACACAUGUGCAACUUGAAUAUAAGGAUAAGCCUACAACACCAGGGGGAUCAGGAAUCAAACCCUUUCUGGAACGUUUUGGAGAACGCCUUCAAGAGCAUAGCACUCAAAGUCCUGCUACAACUACUACUGGAUACAGAACACCCAUUAUUACCCCAAACACAAAGACAAUCCAGGAAAGACUUUUCAAACAGAAUGAAACAUCCUCCACUGCCAGUCUAGCACAACAGCUCAAGCAGGAACGUGAAAAGGAACUUGCUUGUAUCCGUGGCCGGUUUGACAAGGGCAGUCUGUGGAGUGCUGAGAGAGGUGAAAAUUCAAAAAGCAAACAUCCAGAAAUUAAAAUGGAAAGCCAAGCUCAAGCUAGUUCAAAACAGCUCGCUAGUUCAGAUGCUACUUCGCUUGUAGCAGCAGAAAAGACCACAGGAUCUGAGAUACCAGUAAAAUCUCUCUCCUCGGAAUCUUCAGAUGCUUCAAAAUGUGAAGAGACUGAAAAACUCAAUCCUCUGAAGACCACGUUGCUAAAGAAUCCACUAAAAGUAGUAUCUGUCUCAAAGCUUGAGCAAUUUACAGAGAACGAGAAUGAUGCAGUAUGUGAAAUUGAGAUGAGUGUGAAUGAUAAAAUGAAUAGCUCAAAGGUAAUAAAUGACAUCUUUGAUGAAGUUCUUCAAGAGGAUGGACCAGACAUAGAAAAACUAAAGAAAGAAAUGAGUAUGAACCUGGAAGCUGAGAGUGAUGAUGAGCAGGAAGAGUCACUGAAUAUUUCAUCAAUGUCUCUGCUAACGCCAUUAGCAGAGUCUGUUGGUGUUGUAAGUCCAGAGGUUUUUGUUUCCCCUAGUAGGUCAGUUGCUGAGAGCAGCAGUAUAAGUGAUGAAAGUCCAAAGUCUGGCAAAUUCCAAAGGACACGGGUCCCUAGAGCAGAAUCUGGAGACAGUAUUGGCUCCUUGUCAGAAGAUCACAACCUUUUAUAUAGCAUUGAUGCUUAUCGAUCUCAAAGAUUUAAAGAAACAGAUCGUCCUUCAAUAAAGCAAGUGAUCGUUCGCAAAGAAGAUGUUGCUUCUAAACUAGCAGUAAAAAGGAAUGGAACUUCUGAUCAAGUUAAUAUUAAACAGAAAAUGCAGGAGCUGAAUAAUGAGAUCAGUUUGCAGCAGACUGUGAUUCAUCAGGCCAGCCAAGCUCUGAACUGCUGUAUUGAUGAGGAACAUGGAAAAGGGUCACAAGAAGAAGCUGAAGCAGAGAGACUUCUCCUUCUUGCAACUGAAAAGAGAAAAGCUUUGCUUGAAGAGCUCAACAAAUUGAAAAACGAGGGACCUCAGGGCAAAAAAAAUAAAGCUGCUUCUACGCCCCGUGAAUUUGCUCCGUCCAGGGGAUCUGUUACUCUUUCAGAAAUGCGACUACCUCUGAAAGCAGACUUUGUCUGCAGUACAGUUCAGAAACCAGAAGCAACUAACUACUACUACAUAAUAUUGUUGAGAUCGGGAGCAGAAAACAUGGUAGCAACUCCCGUAGCAAGCACUGCAAAUUCCCUAAAUGGAGACGCUCUUACUUUUACUACAACGUUUACUCUGCAAGAUGUGUCCAAUGACUUUGAAAUAAAUGUUGAAGUUUACCAUUUGGUACAGAGGAAAGAAGGCACAGGCACUACUGAUAAGAGGAAAAAGGCAAAUAAGUCAAAGGUUAUUACUCCAAAGAGAUUAUUGACAUCUAUUACUACUAAAAGCACCCUUCUUACACCAGUCAUGGCCAGUCCAAGUGGCCCCAAUGCCGUGCGCACUAGUAACUUUGUACUUGUUGGAUCUCACAAGAUUUCCCUGUCUUCAGUAGGAAACUCCAAAUUUACUUUGGACAAGGUUCCCUUUUUGUCUCCUUUGGAAGGCCAUAUACAUCUAAAACUAAAAUGUCAAGUAGACUCCUUUGUGGAGGAAAAAGGAUUUUUGACAAUGUUUGAAGAUGUUUGUGGAUUUGGGGCUUGGCAUCGGCGCUGGUGUGUACUUUCUGGAAACUGCAUCUCUUAUUGGACAUAUCCAGAUGAUGAAAAGCGAAAGCAUCCUAUGGGCCGGAUAAACUUGGCUAACUGCACUAAUCGUCAGAUUGAACCAGCCAACAGAGAGUUCUGUGCCCGACCCAACACUUUUGAGCUAAUCACUGUCCGACCUCAGAGGGAAGAUGAUAAAGAGACUCUGGUCAGCCAAUGUAAAGACACUCUCUGUGUUACCAAGAACUGGUUAUCUGCUGAUACUAAAGAAGAGCGUAACCUUUGGAUGCAAAAACUCAACCAAGUUCUUGUUGACCUUCGUAUGUGGCAGCCUGAUGCAUGCUAUAAACCUAUUGGAAAGCCUUGAAACUAUGAGGAAAAUUGCCAUGAGAUUUUAUGUACAAGAAAACAAACACAAACUACAUUAUAAAUCCUUAUAUAUAGGAUUGUCUGAGGGCCUCUGGGUUACUUAUUAUACUUCAUGCUUUAAAUCUGGAAGAGUAUGUGCCAUUCAUUAUACAGGACUAUAUUAUGCAGUAUUUCUCUGUUAGAAUUUUAACUGAUCUUUUUUUUCCUAGCAUUAAUGAGUGUGAUAGGAAGCAAUUAAGUUCUUUGUGCUAAAUAUUAAUAUAAACUUCCACUUUUUGGAAAUCUAUACAGCUUAGUAUGUUCUCUUAAAAUACCAGUUUAUUCUGAAACAGCUAAAUCAGGACUUAGGUUUAUCACAGGAAAUCAGAAAUUUCUUGUAAACCACAAGUGUACUAGUUAACUGCAUUUUCCUUAAGGGAACAGCAACUCAUCAGAGUACACAUAGUUUACUAGUUAGGGUGCUGAAGCAGGACGGAACUUCAAUGCUUGAGGUUGUUAGUAAUUCUUCCUUAGGCAGAAAAGUUGCCAGUUUUGUGCACUUUACAGAGCGCAGUAUAAACUUUCACUUGUGGAAACUACUUGUGGUCAGAACAAAAAAUGUACAGAUACAUCCAUAACUGUUUCUUACAUUCUUAAUCUUGUCUGCCAUUUCUUAUGGACAAGUGCAUGGCACACGCUAUGUGGUUUACAGGAGUUGAAUUAUGUAUGCGGUAUGUUGCACAUUUUCAUAGAAAUAAAAUGUCUUGAAUAUUUUACUAGGGUUUAUAAAUUUAGUUUCAAACUG